AUGGCGGCACCACUUUUACCAGCAGAAUGUUUAAAUCAGAUCUUGUCGGAAUGCCAUGCCAAUAAAGUUCCCCUAUAUCAAUAUUUGUUUAUAAGUCGACUAUGGUGCGAAUGUGUCUUAUAUUUUAUAUGGCUGAAACCAUUUGAACGAAAAAUUAACGUAACUUUUCAAGAGAAAAGAAGCGAACAACUUAUCAGAACUUUAAUAACUUGUCUACCGUACGAUUCGAAAAAAUUGCUUCAAGAAAAUGGAAUCCAAUUACCAAAUAAUCACCUUGAAAGCAAAACAUUAUUCAAUUACCAAAAUUUCAUCCGAAAGUUAGAUCCGCAACUAGUAGGCUGGGCGACACGAGAAUGGAUUAGUAAAUCAUCAACAGCACUAACAAUUGAUGAGGACGCACUAAAUCGAAAAAAUUAUAUUUUAUCAAAAGAGAUUCUCAAAUUAUUAAUACGAGGAAAAAAAUUGACUUCUAAAUUUGUCUUAUCUCAAAGAUCCAUUAUAUAUGACGAUAAUACCCAGAUGCCAAUUCAUGAGCUACUACCAAAUGCACAAGACUUUAUGGCAAAAAUUAGGUCUUUAGUAUGUAAUUAUCCAAAUGAAAUCCCAGUUGCUACAUUUAACUCUCUUUCACAAUCAGCAACAGAUAUCGAAGUAUUUAACCUUUCCUUGUAUGAUGAAAAUAAUGACUUAAUUCAACUUAUUCGCACUCAACGUGGUAUAAAAAAACUAAAACUUGUCAGUGAUCGAUUAAACUCUAAAUUCGACGAAGCAUUGAAAGAGCACACGGAAAAAAUAACCUAUGUUAAAUGCACUGAAACUUUGAGCAUAUCUCCGGAUACAUUAACUCAAUGUCAAAAUCUCAAAGAUCUCAUUUUGUAUUGCAAAAUUCCAAAAGACACAUUUGUGGUGUUAGGAAAUGCGCAAUAUCCAAAACUCCAAAAGCUUGACUUGAAGUUAAAUAAUUUGGACCUUGAAAGAUUAAGCCGAAUCAUUAAAACAACUAAGGGACAAAUGGAGGUUUUAAAACUGCAAUGGAGUACAUAUGAUCCUGAAAAUACCAGUUCGCUGCUUAAAGCCGUCGGAGAUCACUGUCCGCGCAUAGUUGAAUUAAUGAUUCCAAUAAGAUCCGAAGAUGCUUCCGGCUUAGCUUACUUGUUUUCGAAAUGUCAUCACGUGCAGUCAAUAAUGUUGAUUUCGAAAGUUGACAUCGUCCAAGAUGGAGAUCAAAUUGUUACAGCAAUUGCCGAUAAUUCUUCUAAGUCACUAAGAAGUUGUUCUAUUCACGGAUGCUGGAAGUAUACUCCUAAAGUCUGGCAAACAUUUUGUGAACGACAACAAAGUAACUCAUCUCCAAUUAGGAUCUCGUUAACGGAUAGAGUUAGCGGUAGCUUGAGCCCAGAAAUCAUUAGUAUCCUGAGACAUCAUGAUGAAUUGGGUUGUAUAAUAUAUGAUGACUUACAAAAAUGA